CCUUGCCUCAUCUCCUGGCUUCAAACCACAAUUAUAGCAAAUUGGUUUUCCUAGCUGCACAGACAGAUGCCGUGGUCUUUAAACGAAGUAUCUUACGUGGAGGGAGACCAGUUUCCGCAAAAUGAGACAGCACACAAUUGUAAUAGUGAAGAAAAAUCAGAAUUCAACAAUAAUUCAGCAACCAACACAUUCGGCAUUGGCUUGCGAGUUGUUCCUCUACACGACUGGAAAUCAGAUGAGGGCGAUGGUGCCAGUAUCCCAGACGGUGGUUUAGGCACAAUUGUCGACUUUGUCGAGAAUGCUGCUGAUACAUCUAAGAAGAUGGCAUUGGUACAGUGGGACGAUGGAACUCGCUGUGUUUACAAUGCAACCCGUAAUGGUGUCUACGAUCUUUGUAUUUUUCAUAUGUCUUCUUUGGGAAUAAAACACGAAGGUGUCAUCUGCCGUACGUGCAAUCAAGACCCAAUUCUCGGGAUCCGUUGGAACUGCCUGGAUUGCGAGGGUACUUCGGUGGACCUAUGUUCAGCUUGUUACAUGGCCGAUGAACACAGUACAGCUCAUGCCUUCUGGAGAUAUAAUUCCGCCGAUGACAAGGGGGUUUGUGUGAACAGAAGAAUUAACACAGAGGGAAUCCGUGCAAGAGGUAUCUUCCCAGGCGCACAAGUUGUAAGGGGUCCUGAUUGGGAAUAUGGUGACACGGAUGGAAACUCCUCUGGAACAGUGACAAAUAUAACAUGUUGGCGUGGGAGCAAUGCCAUUGCAGUUCACGUUUUAUGGGAAAUUGGUACAAAAGGCAACUAUCGACUGGGUCCUGAUGGAAAGGUGGAUUUGAAGUGUAUAACUGCUGCCUCUGGCGGUCUCUUCUACAAGUCUCACCUGCCAAGACUUGGACCUUUUCCACAGACAUCACCUGACGUAGAACAAAGCCCAGACGAACCGGUUACAGGGUUAAAAUCAAGCUCUCUAGCAGGCGAACAAGAAGAUUCUUUUGUUGUAAGCCAUAACAGUAGCAUUCGCCCGCUAUGUACAGAAGCUGGUUCAACAGUCAGUGAAGGAUUACAACUGCAAACAGGAGCGAAAGGUGUCGAGGCUCGGAGAUCUUCGCUACAUCGAGCAUCAAUUAAUGGGGAUUGGCACUUAGUGAAGAGGCUACUGGAGGAUAGGCAGGAUGUUGACCAAAGAGACAAGUUUUUGUUGACGCCCCUUCACCUUGCUUCAUGGUAUGGACACGAGCGUGUUGUCGAAUUGUUGUUACAGCAUGGUGCAGAUGUAAAUGCUGUGGACAGUUUUCAGAAAACAUCUCUUCAAAAGGCUGAGCGUCAUAAUUACUGCUCCAUAAUGAAGCUGCUCCUCAAGUAUGGUGCAUCUCAAAGUUAUCAACAGCCGCUUAGUCUUGCUUCACUUUCGAAGAGGGCUUUCUUGGCGAUUGAUCAGAGCUCUGGGUUUAAUAUGCUACAGGCUGCCGUGUAUGAAGGAGAUUAUCCCACAGUUGUAGCUGCCAGUGUGUACAUUGAUAACUUCCUGGAGCAAAUGGCUAUGGUAAGGACUCUAACUAGCGCCAGGUCAUUUCCUGGAAAAACUGCUUUAGAUAUUGUUUCUGACUUAAACAAAGAAGGCCACGCCCAAAUUAGGCAGAUAUAUUUAGACCAGAAGGGGUGCAUGCCCACAAUUACAGAGCUCCACAAAUGUGCUGACGAUGGCGAUGUUGAAAAAGCGGUCGAACUCGUUUUAAAAGACGGUAUCGAUGUGAACACCAAGGCUGAAGGAAAUCGCACGCCUCUUCUUUGGGCCAGUUUACGAUCUUCCAGUCUAUAUAUCAAAACACUCAUCGACCUCGGCGCUGACACAGCGUUUCAAAGAGAAGACCAAUGCACGCCGUUGAUGAUGGCGACACAUUGGAACAAUUACAUGGCCGUCUACCAUCUCCCCAGGCAACAGAUGAAUGCAGACGUGAGUUGUAGCACGGGUCAUGCCGCACUGCAUGUUGCAGUGAUGAAAGGAUUUUUUCAUAUCUCUAAUCUCCUUGUACGCUCUGGGUGCAAUGUUACCUUGAAGACCAAAAGUGGUAAGACGCCACUCCGUCUGGCAGUUCAAAAUGGACAUAGACACCUCGUGAGGCUUUUGUUGGAAAACAAUGCCGAUGCGAACAUGCGCGAUGAAAGUAAUGCAAAUGAGAGGCUAUUUCUUGUUCGGGGCAAUGAGAAAGGAAGACCAGCCUGGUAUUAUAUUAUGGUUGAGAGAUCUCUUUUGGGUUUGUUUCUGAAACGAACUCAUGGAGGUAAACUAGAUGUAAAUAACUUUGGUACUAUUAUUCGAUCAGGGUUGGGGGAGCCUCCUUCAGAAGCCGAAAUAACAAAAAAUUUGAACAAGUCGAGUGAAUUUCGGAAAGAUCCUAUAGGUAAGACACCCCUCCACAUUGCGUGUGAAAUUGAAAAUGGAAACCUUGAAGUCAUUGAGCUUUUGGUUAAGUAUGGCGGAGAGAUAAAUGCUCGAGAUGGAGAUGGCUUCACUCCACUGCAGACGGCAGCAAUACUUGGCAAGAUGCAGACUGUUACAAAGCUUGUGGAGCUAAAAGCCGAUGUCAAUUUGACUACGAAAGAUGGAAAAGAUGCCGCCGACCUAGCUCAAAUGAACGAAGAACCUAUGAUAGAGGAAUACCUCAAAUCAAGAAGGAACUCCCUCAUGAGGAUUUGGAAUUCAUUAGUCAAAAGUUAGAUGAGCUAGUAAACCGUAUAGAAAUUUGGGCUGAACCAAUUGCAUUCCGAUUUCUCAGGAAAAUACAACUUCUCAUCUAUUUCAUCUUGGGUUUUCUCAGGCUUACAAUACUUGAAAUAAGUCCUUUAAAUAUUGGUGAUUCUACAAACAAUUAAAAAAAAGCCACAUGUUUGGCAAUUUCCAAUUUUGGAGACCAUAACUCUAUCAUUUCCCUAUAAAAAAGGAAAAUUGGUGCAUACUCCCUUCCCUUUAAGGAUCCUUGAUGGAGAUGAAUGAGAUCAUAGGAAGAUUCAGUUGCAGAUAUCUUUUCCUAGAUUAAUCAUUAAGUUUUACCAUGGUGGUCUUGUAACGUAAUGGAGAAAAUAUCCGAGCGAAACCACUUCAUUAGGACACCGAUCGCUAUUUCCUAGUAACUCAAAUCAAAAUUUAGUUGGAGUUAUUGUUGUUGUUCCCAGAUAUGAGAUAACUUUUCUUGUGAAACUUGAUCUUAAAGUGCUCUUUCAAGAAUCCCUGUAGGAACAAAGGUUUUUAUUUUUAUUUGAAAUAACAGCGUACACAUCGUUCUGAUGUGGGACAGGGAUUUCAUAUUUCCUCUAUCUGCGCUAUUAGAGAUGUAAUUGCGCAUAGCCUAGAAAAUAUUUGAGAAAAAUUCUGUUCCAAAUUGAAAUGUUGUCUCAUUCUUAUCGAGUUAAAUAUUUUUCAUGAGAUAAGAAUUGAAUGUGAUAUGGCAUAACUGAAGAACUUAAUUGCAUCGGGAAGUGACUCGGAUGGCCAUGGUUACGUUUCGAUGCUUUUAUCGGAUGGCAUUCCUUUUUUUAUCAACUGUUUUUCUCCUAAAAUGCUGUCUCUUGGUGUUUCUGUUCUUGUAUGCCACACAUAAACCUGAUAAGAGAUUGCAAAUGAUGUAAUGAUGUAAUGAUCAGUUUGUAUUCAAAGAUACGGGAAGAACAUGAAAUAUCUGACUAUCCUUGCCUGCCCGUAAGAGCAAUGUGGAAUGGCCAUUGCUAUUGCAAAAAGUAAAAUUCUUCAGGAAUCCUCAUUACAUACGCUCUUUUCUUCCUUGCUGUUAGCAGGAGUUUCAUAGAAUUAAAGCCUAGAUAUCUUAGAAUAAUUGAAUAACGAAGCCCUAUUCUGCAUCAGAACAGCAAUGGCCCAAAAGGAGAUUUUAAUCUGAGUAAUUCCAAUCUUUGUACUAAAUUUGCCGUCAACAGACGACUCUUAACUUGAAAUUCAUAUACUACAAAGUGAUCGUCGUCCCAUACAAAGGCACCCAUUAUACUAUCCUUACCUUGCUACAGUUUGGAGUAACCGGUUCCAGUUGUUCCACUUUAGUUAUUUGGCUCAAUAAUGAUGAUUCUAACAUUCCAGGCUUCUCUACUGCUACAAACUUGGCGUUUGGGAAGUCAAUCAACAGCUUUCUUAGAUUCACCGCGAAUGCAGCCAUAUCGAUAGGAAACGGACGAAACCGACCCCACUUUGCAUGAAAACCGACAACCUUACCAUUCUUACAUAAGGGACCUGCCCAACGCGCUGCACCUGUAAAUGCCACUGGCCAAACACCGACUCCUUGUAUCCAACGCAUCUUUAAAAAAAAUGUCAUGAAUUCAUUUUGGUGAACUAUCUGUUGAGAGUAUCCGAUAAAUUUAAGUUGCCUAACCCUUUAACCCCUUAUCUCCUAAUUUCUCUUUACAAUAUCAUCCCCGAAU